UUGACAAUUUGUCGACUAUUUUGAAAAAAUCUAUGAAAAUGACCUUCGGAUUUGAUAUUCUGAUUGAAUUUUGAAUAAUAAUAAAUGUCCGAUAAAGAUUUUUUAAUAUGAACGAUAUAAUAAUGAUAUUUAUGUUAUUGAUAAAUUAACUAAGCUGAGCAAGUACAUUAAUCACUAUUAACUACCUCGGUAGCAUGAAGUCUGAACGUGACAAGUUGUUGGCGGCGACUGUUCGAUGAAUAAAUGGCAGUAAACAAUUGUAAUAAUGAUAUAAAACAAAAUACGGGCUGCACAUGCGUAGCAAAACAAUUCUGGUCAUACGGAUAUACAGGGUCGAAAAGAUUUUAUCAUCUAACAUACGAAAUAUUGCCCAAAAUUGUUUCCAAACUUCUGUAUAAUUGAUGUAGAAUUUUCUACGAAGAACAAUUUAGUUCCUGGCGUCCUUUGCCCUUUAGGAACAAUUUGAACACCCCCUAUAAACAAAAAUACCACAUUUAAAAAGUUUUCCCAUCGUUUAGUUGUCCCACCCGCACCGUCAGCAAGUUCACGCAUCUAUUAGUUGAUGGUCGACAAGAGCAGUGCUUUCUCCACCGCACUUUUUAUUUGAAUAAAUUGUUUGUAACUCAAAAAUACAUAAUGUAUAUGGCGCGUUUCCAGAUCAGUAUAGCAAUCAUAAUUUGCCGUGAUUGAUACAUUCGACAUGUAUUUGCAUAUGACCUGAACGAGCAAGCAAAUAAAUAUCGAUGUUCUACAAGGCCUGCGCUGGAAAACAUUUCAAUUUUUCUACUCCUCAAUGUAAUAUUAUAAUAUUGCGGUAAUUAUCGGGAAACUAUCCAGGUUGUCGGUCGUCACUGCAUACAUUGUGGGAAUUACCACCAGAGAAAUAACGUUGCUUCAAAAUUCCCAUAAAAAAUGUUCGCUACGCUUAUUUUAUUCACGAAUUGUUUCUUCUGGGGUCUACGGUGGGAUACAGUUCAAAGUAUUAGUAUAAAAUCACCAAUGGAUCCUCAAACCGAUUUAAUUAUAUCGAUCAUCGAACAAUUUUCCGAAUGGGAUUUUGUCAUCCACCUGGACAACCACCUUGACCUUGCGCGUUUGCUCCUGCACAAGGACAACCAGAAUCCUCUGACAAUAUACAACUAUAACUACACACAUCCUGAGGAAUUCAAACGCCCCGAAACGCAACGCUGUGUGCAUUUUGUAGCGUACGAAAAUACGGAUUUUUUGUAUUUUACAAGACAUAUACGGAACAUCAAUGAAAGGGACAUUAUUAUAUUUCUCACAAGGGUAAUGCCUGAAAAUUCGGACUUUACGCACUGGUAUUCAAGCGGGGUGGACAACGCCAACACAGUCUUCAUUGUUAGUAGAGCAGUUGCGCUAUCGUUGUUUUUCUACAGCGCGCCAGAGUAUAUAGUAUACACUCAGGAGGUGACCAAAAGUGAAAAUGGUACUCAUGAGUUGUCCAAAUACACGAACAGUUUUGAUAAUAUGUACGGGUUUCCUCUUAAAAUUGGAUAUACAAGUUGUCCCCCAUUUACGUUUGAUGACGAUGAGCACUUAGUAGGUGUAGAGUAUGAAAUAAUGAAAAUUGUUGGUGCGAAAUUAAAUAUUACACCAAUCUUGGAAAACUAUUCGGAUGAAAUGAAUCCGAGAUUUGCUCUAAUUCAGGCUGUAAACAGGAGCCGGCUUCAUUUUGGAAUUGGAUGUUUGUCCAACAACGUCAUGCGAAACGAAAUGGUAUCAUUCAGCGCUGCGCUGCAAGUGGAACCCCAAAUUACUAUAUAUGCUGCAGCUGAGGGUCGUUAUGGUCCAUCUGCUCUGUACGCCAUAAUAGGCCCCUUGAAAAUGAGAGUUUGGAUCUGUACUGUGGCCGCCUUAGUUAUUAUGAGCAUAUUAGCGAAGUUGUUACUAGUCUACGAUCCAGAUGGUAAUUUAUAUACAAGUGAGGUGGUUCUGAUACCAACACAAAUACUUGCGGAACAAUCAACGAAAAUACCGAAGCAGAGCAAUUCGCUGAGAGUGGGUCUCUUUGCGUGGAUCCUUGUCGGUUUUGCAUUAUCAAGCAGUUACAAAUCAAAACUAACGGCAGCAUUGAUAAUGCCAAACAUGAAUGAGCCAACAACUUUGACGGAAUUGCUGGAUCAAGGAUAUCACUUUAUUGUAAGCGAUAUAUUUUGUAGGUGUGUGAUUCAACGUACCUAAUCGAAAUCCUGCAAUAUUCUACAAAUCCAACUGAAAAUAAAAUUGGGCAUGUCAUCGAAGAUACGAAAGUGGUGUGCGAGGCUAUUGAUCGUGCUGUAGUUGAAUAUUCCGCAGUGAUAGAAGAAAGAUCCGUUAUUCGAUUUAAAUUAUGGAAUUAUUGCUUUAGAAAUUUGACACAAAGUCAAAUAAGGUCCUUGCGCCGUUUGAAGCAAGAUACAGUCGUAAAUGGACACGUGUGGGCUAUGCAGAAGAGAGCACCGUACAAAAAAACAGUGUCCUUGACCAUUGAAUGGCUCAAAAGUUAUGGCUUGAUUGGUAAAUGGUACAACGCCUACAAUUUAUCCCAACCUCUCGUGACUGCAAACACUAGAAUUAGAGCAGUGGCUGUUCCUUUGCAUCUUGUUGAUUUAGUUUCGGCGUGGAUCAUAAUUGGGUUUGGUGUAGUGGUCUCGGGAGGAGCAUUUUUGCUCGAAAUGUUCACGAGAGUCACCAAAAAGGUCACUUUCCGGCCGUGUUUAGUCCAUACGGACUCUAGAACUCAGCUGCAACCAAAAAGCGAGACCUUGACCGAAACAUAAUUCAUGAAUUUGUACUCGUAUAAUUCAUAGUAAUAACAAGCCGGGAGAUGGUAUAUACAUUAAACUGGAAUUUAAUCACUGACUUUGCAGUAGUUUCAGCACGCAAUUACAUUUGUGAAGUGCGAUUUUUUACAAACACGCACGCACGCACACGAUAGCACAAACAACACUUUGCAUAUCAAUAUUUAAUAUAUAAUUGUUUUGAAUCAACAUAGAAUAAAUUAUAUAGUAGAAUAUUGUCUCUUUAAUGCUUUAAUUUAUGUGAUGCGAUGUUUGCAACCACUGAUUGGCUAAAGUAAAGAAUAAUUCAAAUAUGUGGCCUUGUACCACAUUAAAUAUUAAUUGAUAUAAAACAACCGAAGUGCUAGCUUAUUGAAUAUAUACGAGAGCUAUGUGCUGUCAAAACAUCAUUAUAGGCAAACGCUCGGUAGUUAAUUUGGAUGUUAAAUUUUUAUGUCACAAACGGAGCGGUCUAAUGUUUAGGAUUAUGUUCACAAGUUUAGUAGGUAUCAUGCAUAAUUUAUUAUGAUAUAGUGCCCAUAUGGCUGUUGUUAAUAUUGCUGAUUUGUUGGAAUACAAUAAACAUCAAAUGUCUUGA